GCUACAAAAGUUUGGGAUUUGAUUGAAAAAUUCAUUGCAUAUAAUCAAGAAAAUGGAAGUUGCAACAAUGGCGGACAACGAAAGCCAUCUAAAUUUGAAGGCAACCGAGCUCCGAUUGGGAUUACCGGGCUCCACAGAUCAUCAAGAAACAGUGUCUCCGGUGAAGAAUAACAAGCGGGCAUCGCCGGACUCCGGCGAGGAGAGUGGGAUAAAGUCCGUUAUUUCCGCCGCCGCCGCCAGCUCCGGCGAGCGUGAAACUGCACCACCACCCAAGGCGCAGAUAGUGGGGUGGCCGCCGGUGAAAUCUUACCGGAAAAAUAAUAUUCAGGCGAAUAAGACGGCGGCGGAAACAUGUGAAAGUGGGAUGUAUGUGAAAGUGAGCAUGGACGGUGCAGCUUAUCUCAGAAAGGUUGAUCUGAAAAUCUACGGUGGUUAUUCGGAGCUUCUCGCUGCUCUGGAAACCAUGUUCAAGCUCACCAUAGGUAUAUACAUACAUAUAUAUAUGAAAUUAGAUAAGCUGAUGCACUAA